AUGGAAUUGAUCAGCUCAAGCCUCGUGAUUGACAUUGGGGCGUCAAGCACGCGCGUGGGCUACGCAGGCGAAGGAAGCCCGUCACAACUGCUGAACUCAUGCAUAGGAGUUCGUCAGCUGCGCGGCCCUCAGGAGGGUUUAUCAGCAGAAAAUCACGGCCGGAGUAACACAACGCGCGAGAUUAUCUUCCCUCUGAACUUCUCCCAGCGCCGCGAUUGUGUGGAGGUGGUGCCUGCGCUCUUUCCCAGCUGGCGCGGGGCUACUGGAAAGCGGAAGAUGGACUUUAAUCCCGUGUACACCCUGCACGAAGAAGCAUUCGAGAAUCUUGUAGCUCUCAGUUGCACAGGAGCACGCGCAGCCCGCUUCGGUCGCAGAGGGGACGAAGCUUAUCCGAACUGUGUAGACUCCAAUGGUUCAACACGCUCCCCUGAGAGUACUUUACGUUUGACGGAGCUAUGCGGGAUCGGGGCAGACUUGCGAGAGCAGCCGCUGCUCCUUUCCGAGCCAAACAUACACAGCAGGGAGGUCAGGGAAAAGAUAGCAGAAAUACUUUUUGAAAGUUUACAAGUAGGAUCUUUGUACACGGCGAAACGCGCACUUUUGGCAUGUGUUGCAUUGGGGAGAAGCAGCGCUUUGGUCAUCGACAUGGGGGCUUCUGGCCUAUCAAUUGCUCCCGUUUCAGACUCUUUCGUACUAGACCAACAUGUUACGGAGUGGCCAGUAGGCGGCGAUGCAAUGAGUCAGCUUCUCAGCGCAGUUCUCGUGGGGCACAAUUUUCCCGUGCACCCUAGCUUUGCGCGAUUUUCGGCACAGAGCAGAAUGGUGAAGGUUUCACUAGACAAACCUGGGGACUGGGAUAACGUUCAUCCUUCGUACAUGCACUGGAGCCGCAUGCAGACUCUUUCGUUCCUAAAGGAAGGCUUGUGCCGCGUAGCGGAUGACCCAAGGGAUGUGGCCCUAGCUCAAAAACCUAUCGCACUUCCAAGCCCUCAACAACAAACCAAAAGACGUGGAGUUGCAACAUCAGAGGCUUCCGGGUCGUCUCAGCUUAUAUUCCCGUGCUCAACAGGGGCCUCUGCCGCGGCGCUGCUCUCCGGUGGUAGCGGAGUUGAAGGAGGGCUCCCAGAGAUACUGUUCUGCCCUGCACUUGUAUCGUCGGUUCCUGGCGGUGGCGGUGGCUUUCCAGGGCUGCCUGAUGCAGUGCGACAAGUGGCAGAGGCGGUUGAGACUGAUGGUAAUCGCGACAUCCUUAGCGCUUUAAUUCUCACAGGCGGCUGCUCUUGCAUACCUGGAAUGGUCGAAAGGGUCAACCGCGAGCUGGUAGAAGAUCCAGCAAUAUGUGGGGGACAGAAAGUCCGUCUACUGGCGGUUCCUGGGUCGUCAGAGCGCCGGUAUUCAACUUGGGUCGGCGGGUCGAUUCUUUCAAGUCUCAGCUCCUUUCAGGCGGCGUGGUGUAGUCGUGAAGAAUACGAAGAACAUGGCCCCGCCGUUGUCCAGCGAAAGUGCUACUGA